AUGAUGUUUUCAACAUUACUUGUAUGUAUUCUUUCGAUUGUUCAUUUUAAUCAUCAAAUAUUUAUUCAACCAGCUGUUAUUAAUACAAAUGAUAUACAGAAUGAAACAUUUAUUGAGAAUGUCACAAUUCAUGAAGAUACAACAAUUGCUGAAGUAAUAGAUGUUGCCCAUGAAGAAACGGAUAAAUCAAUUUCAUUAUUCGAUGAUGUUGUUGAAUUGAAUAUUGGUGGUCAAAAAAUAACAACAUUACGUUCAACACUUACAGUUAUACCAAAUUCAAAACUAGCUCAGAUGUUUAAUAAAGAUAAUACUAAGAAGAAGAAUUUACCUAUGGAUAAAAGUGGUGCAGUAUUUUUUGAUUAUAAUCCAAUGUAUUUUAAUUUUUUACUUGAUCAAUUGAGAGCAUUUAAACGUAUGCCAAAAAAACCAGGAUAUCAAAUACAAUUUCAAGCACCGUAUAUGAAUUCACCAAUGAAUUUUACUCAUAUGCUUGUUGAUCUUGGAUUAACACAGAAUUAUUUCUUAUCACCAACGGAAGGUACACAUAUUAAUUUAACUGUAAAUUCUCUUGCUGGUUGGAAAGAAUGUUAUCGUAGUACAUAUAAUAUUCCAUUUGAUUUUUCUGUAAUAAAAAAAUCUUGUAAUGGUAGUCGAUUACUUGUUGGUUGCCGUAAUAUUAAUAAUAAAAACGUCUUGACUCUUGCUGGUAUUGGACAAUAUGAAGAUGUUGUACAUCCAUGUUUACCAAAACAAUGUAAAACAAAUGGUAAAUCAAAAAAGAAAAAUAAGAAAUUAACAUGUUCAUCAAGUUAUCAAUGUAUUACACAAGGUAAACGUGGUGUCGGAUGGUAUAAUGCAAAUAAUCAAACAUGGGGUUUUGUACGUGGAUCUUUAUCGUUUGUAAUUGAUCCAUGUGAUCCAAGUGAUUUAGAUUCUGAUUAUCGACUUUGUUGGACAAAACAAUCAGAUAUUAAAAAAGGUACUGGUGAUCGAUGUGGCAGUACAAAAAAUUUACAAAAUUCAAAUAAAUAUGAACGUCUUGUUUAUUAUAUUGCUUAA